AUGGGUUUGUUUUGUUGCUAUCGAAAAGAAAAGAAAAAUAGUAGUGAAAGAAAGGGUAAAAUGGUAAAAUCACAAAAGGUAAGUCGGUUAAGUCAUACUAAUAAUAAAUACGAUUAGCACGUAAUUAAACGAGAGUCGGUUUGCCCUAAUUUCACGACAGCUUCGUAUAUAAAGGCCUUUGUGCGCUUUGCCCACUUUCAGUUUGUAAUUUGUAUCUCUCCCUCCAUUAUUCUCUCUUCCGUCUCGUGAAGGUUCCAUUGUCCAGUCGCUUUUCAGUGCUUUGCUUCCACGGGGACAAGUUUUCAAUUCAAUUUUCCGGAGCUGCUGCAGUACUUUGGACGUGGAGAGAAUCGAGUGUGAAGAUUCUUUUAUGUCUGAUCAGACUUCCCUGUUUUUGUCGACCAUUGGAUUUCUUGGGAAAUACUGUCCUACAUCAAGAAAAAAGAGCAGCCUGUUCUUUCAUGUCCUUGGAUUCUUAAAUCUUCAAGCUGAAGAUUCCUUCGAAUAUUGCGGUCUGAUUUCCCAGUUUGCAGAAGGUGUCUGCCCUUUCUGACAGGUUUUUGCCGACAAACUCAAAAUGGCGAUGCAGAAUAUCGGUGCUUCCAACCGUGGUGAUGCCUUCUAUAGGUAUAAGAUGCCAAAGAUGGUCACCAAGAUUGAAGGAAGAGGUAAUGGCAUCAAGACCAACAUUGUCAACAAUGUCGAUAUCGCCAAGGCAUUGGGUAGGCCAGCUUCUUACACUAUCAAGUACUUUGGCUGUGAGCUCGGGGCACAGUCCAAAUUCGAUGACAAGACUGGAACUUCACUCGUGAAUGGAGCCCACAAUACCACCAAGCUGGCCGCUCUUCUCGAGAACUUCAUCAAGAAAUACGUCCAAUGCUAUGGCUGUGGGAACCCAGAGACCGAGAUAAUAAUCACAAAGACGCAGAUGAUCAAUCUGAAAUGCGCUGCUUGUGGGUUCAUCUCGGAGGUGGACAUGAGAGAGAAGUUGACGACAUUCAUCCUGAAGAAUCCCCCGGAGCAGAAAAAGGGUGCAAAGGACAAGAAGGCCAUGAGAAGGGCCGAGAAGGAGAGACUUAAAGAAGGCGAGGUGGCCGACGAGGAGCAGAAGAAGCUCAAGAAAGAGCCUAAGAAGAAAACAACAACGACGACCACUAACUCAAAGGAUGCAUCUUCCAAGACAUUGAAGAAAAAGAAGGGAAACCAUGCCUCAGAUGAGGACAGGUCACCGCCUCGAAGCUAUGGUGACGAGAAUGAGAAUGUGGAUGAUGAUGAGGAAGACAAUGAUAUUCAGUGGCAAACUGAUACGUCACGGGCGGCUGCUGAGCAAAGGAUGAAGGAGCAGUUGAGUGCUGUCACUGCAGAGAUGGUGAUGCUCUCAACUGAAGCAGAAGAUGAGAAGAAGAACGGGAAAAUCUCAAAUCCCCCUCGGGAAAACCUCGUGGAGGAGAUCAAGGAGCAUCUCGAGAAGGGGUUACCCGUAUACCAGCUCAAACCUUUCCUCUCAUUCCUUCCGGCUCCCCCUCAGGACAUCAUGGAUGCAAUGUUGGUCGCCCUCUUCGACGGGGUCGGGAAGGGAUUCGCAAAAGAGGUGAAGAAGAAGAAGAACUACUUGAUGGCGGCCUCGACCGGGGAAGAGGAGAAGUCGCAGAUUCGGCUGCUCAGUGCAUUGGAGUCGUUCUUCUGCCGGAAAGCAAACCAGGAGGCCGUGAAAGAAGUGGCUCUUGUCCUCAAGGCAAUGUACGACGAAGACGUGGUGGAUGAGGAAUGCAUCAUGGAAUGGUACGAGAAGGGUUCGACAGGGACCGACAAGGGUUCAACCAUCUGGAAGAAUGUCAAGCCGUUCGUGGAAUGGCUCGAGAACGCCGAGUCCGAGUCCGAGGACGAGUGAUAGAUGUGUACAACAAAAGAAGAGAGGAGCCAUGUUUUGUCUCCCCUUUUUAAACGUUUUACGGCUUUUAUAUUUUUUUUAGCUGUCUCGAAAAUGACACUAGUAGUAUUUGUUUUAGAUUCUGCCACGUGUCCCUGUAAUGAAACGGAGGGAGUAACCGGCUUCUCCCGGUUUACGAUGCCCCUAUACCAAUCGACGUUCAUAA